AUGGAGGAGGAAUCAGGACAGCAAUGGUUCUGCUGUGGCAGCCAGGAGCGCAGAGGCUACUGCAACAAGACGAUGGCGAAGGUCAAGAAUGUGUUCAGGAUUAAUAACAUUACCAUAAGGCAGAUGCUGGCAGAAGCAAUAUCAACAUUCAUCCUCAUGGAUUUUGGCUUGUCCUGUGUGGCACAAGUGGUACUGGGAAAAGGAAAUGUUGGUCAGUAUCUGAGCAUCAACAUAGCAUUUGGCAUUGGCGUUACCUUGGGUAUCUAUGCGGCUGGAAAAAUAUCUGGAGCUCACAUGAAUGCUGCCAUCACAAUUACACAGUGUGUUAUAGGAAACAUCUCUCCGAAAACGGCUGCAGCUUAUGUGUUCGGCCAGUUCCUGGGCUCCUUUUUGGCAGCAGCCACCGUCUUUGUUCUCUACUACGAUGCUCUUUAUGACUACACCAAUGGAAGCUUUACAGUGACAGGACCAACUGCCACUGCAAUGAUCUUCGCUACGUACCCUGCUUCCAAUGUGUCCUUGCAGGGAGCCUUUUUCUCAGAGUUUACAGCAACAGUUAUGCUGAUGCUGGGUAUUCUAGUAAUCCAUGAUGACAAAAACAACGCAGCUGUCAAAGGCGCUCAGCCCAUGCUCACGGGUAUCCUGGUCGUGGGCAUUGGUCUGGGAAUGGGGCUGAACACAGGCUAUGCCAUAAACCCCUCCAGGGACCUGCCCCCACGGAUCUUCACGGCAAUUGCUGGCUGGGGAAUGGAAGUCUUCUCGGCUGAUCAUUGCUGGUGGUGGAUCCCAGUCACAGCUCCAACUCUUGGAAGUCUUUUUGGUGUUCUACUCUACAAACUCUGCAUUGAAUUUCACAUCCCGCCUGAAGCUGAACCUGAGAAAGAUGAGGCAGGCACGGAGACUUCCCAACUGUGA